AUGGGAAUCAAUUCCGUGCUGUCAUUACACAGUCACUUACCUCACGAUAGUGGUAUUCUUCACGACGGCGAUGGGGAGAACAUGGACUUGAACUUGACAACUAGUCUGGAGGGAACCUGUAACAAUGAUACUGACAAGGAUAGACCAGCCUCAGAAGGACAAACCUUCGUCCCACUCCAAGAAGGACAAACCCUAUCCCCACUCCAAGAAGGAAAAACCUUAGCCCCACUCCCAGAAGGACAAACAUUAGCCCCACUCCUAGAAGGACAAACCCUAGCCCCACUCCCAGAAGGACAAACCUUAGCCCCACUCCCAGAAGGACAAACCCUAGCCCCACUCCCAGAAGGACAAACCUUAGCCCCACUCCUAGAAGGACAAACCUUAGCCCCACUCCCAGAAGGACAAACCCUAGCCCCACUCCUAGAAGGGCAAACCCUAGCCCCACUCCUAGAAGGACAAACCUUAGCCCCACUCCCAGAAGGACAAACCCUAGCCCCACUCCUAGAAGGACAAACCUUAGCCCCACUCCCAGAAGGACAAACCCUAGCCCCACUCCUAGAAGGGCAAACCCUAGCCCCACUCCUAGAAGGACAAACCUUAGCCCCACUCCUAGAAGGACAAACCUUAGCCCCACUCCUAGAAGGGCAAACCCUAGCCCCACUCCCAGAAGGACAAACCCUAGCCCCACUCCUAGAAGGGCAAACCCUAGCCCCACUCCUAGAAGGACAAACCUUAGCCCCACUCCUAGAAGGACAAACCUUAGCCCCACUCCUAGAAGGAAGGACAAACCCUAGCCCCACUCCAAGAAGGACAAACCCUAGCCCAACUCCAAGAAGGACAAACCCUAGCCCCACUCCCAGAAGGACAAACCCUAGCCCCACUCCAAGAAGGACAAACCCUAGCCCCACUCCAAGAAGGACAAACCCUAGCCCCACUCCCAGAAGGACAAACCCUAGCCCCACUCCCAGAAGGACAAACCCUAGCCCCACUCCCUUAAGGACAAACCCUAGCCCCACUCCCAGAAGAACAAACCCUAGCCCCACUCCCAGAAGGACAAACCCUAACCCCACUCCCAGAAGGACAAACCCUAGCCCCACUCUCAGAAGGACAAACCUUAGCCCCACUUCCAGAAGAACAAACCCUAGCCCCACUCUCAGAAGGACAAACCCUAGCCCCACUAUCAGAAGGACAAACCCUAGCCCCACUCUAAGGACAAACCCUAGCCCCACUCCCAGAAGGACAAACCCUAGCCCCACUCCCAGAAGGACAAACCCUAGCCCCACUCCCUUAAGGACAAACCCUAGCCCCACUCCCAGAAGAACAAACCCUAGCCUCACUCCCAGAAGGACAAACCCCAGCCCCACUCCCAGAAGGACAAACCCUAGCCCCACUAUCAGAAGGACAAACCCUAGCCCCACUCUAAGGACAAACCUUAGCCCCACUCCCAGAAGGACAAACCCUAUCCCUAGCCCCACUCCCAGAAGGACAAACCCUAGCCCCACUCCUAGAAGGACAAACCCUAGCCCCACUCCCAGAAGAACAAACCCUAGCCCCACUCCCAGAAGGACAAACCCUAGCCCCACUCCCAGAAGGACAAAUAUUAGCCCCACUCCAAGAAGGACAAACCCUAGCCCCACUCUCAGAAGGACAAACCCUAGCCCCACUCCCAGAAGGACAAACCCUAGCCCCACUCCCAGAAGAACAAACCCUAGCCCCACUCCCAGAAGGACAAAUAUUAGCCCCACUCCAAGAAGGACAAACCCUAGCCCCACUCCCAGAAGGACAAAUCCUAGCCCCACUCCCAGAAGGACAAACCCUAGCCCCACUCCCAGAAGAACAAACCCUAGCCCCACUCCCAGAAGGACAAACCUUAGCCCCAGUCCCAGAAGGACAAACCCUAGCCCCACUCCCAGAAGGACAAACCCUAGCCCCACUCCAAAAAGGAGAGCUAUUGUUAUAUUAAGGUAUUUCCACAAAAAACAAAACCAAUUUAUCAGUUACUGA